AUGUCUGACUCGCUCGUCCCAGAGACAAGAGUGCUGGCUGUGGCUAGCCAUGUUGCCUAUGGCCAUGUGGGAAAUACAAUGGCGACUUUUGUCAUGCAGUCAUUGGGCUGCGAGGUUGCCGCAUUGAAUACUGUCAACUUCAGUAACCAUACCGGCUAUCGUCAAUUCAAGGGUACCCGUGCAACUGCACAGGAAAUCUCGGACAUCUACCAAGGUCUAUGCUUGAGUAAUUUGACCGACUUCGAUGUCAUGCUCUCCGGUUAUGCCCCGAGUGCAGCUGCUGUCGAAGCCGUAGGCGCCAUUGGCAUUGAUCUGCAACAAAGAGCUGAGAAAAAGCCCGGAUCUUUCUUCUGGGUAUUGGACCCUGUGAUGGGCGAUCAGGGCCGUUUAUACGUUAAUGACGACGUUGUCCCCGCUUACAAGAAAAUCAUCCACCAUGCAGACCUAAUCCUUCCCAACCAGUUUGAAGCCGAAGUCCUCUCCGGCAUCAAAAUCACUUCCCUCGCUACCCUGGCCGAGGCGAUCACCGCCAUCCAUCGCAUCUAUUCUGUACCACACGUCAUAAUCACCUCUGUGCAGCUUUUCAAACUGUCCACGUCCGGGUCUACCCCCAGUCCACCGGAUAACUUUCUGACAGUGAUCGGCUCAACCACAAAGUCCAACGGAUCUCCGCGUCUGUUCCGGGUCGACAUCCCCGCCCUGGACUGUUUCUUCAGUGGUACGGGUGACAUGUUCGCUGCACUGACAGUAGCUCGACUACGCGAGGCCGUCGACGCUGCAGGCGACGAUCUGCGCAACACCCGAUCGUGGGUGUCUCCCGACGACGUCCCGUCCAGUAAGCUGCCAUUGGCUCAAUCUACCAUCAAGGUUCUUUCAAGUAUGCAUAGCGUUCUCGAGCGGACGGUGGAGGCUCGCGAUGCGGAACUUGCAAAGAAUAUCCCCACUCAGAAUGGGGAUGUGAACCCGGAGGAGAAGCAAAAGCGCGAACAUCUACGACGGACUAAGGCUGCGGAAGUGCGGUUGGUUCGCAAUACGCGAUUCUUGAGAGAUCCUCCUUCCCAGUUUGAGGUGCAGGAAUGGAACAAGGAAGAUCUCCCAGCACAUUUACAAUAG